AUGACAAUUGAUUAUGAAGAAAUUGAAAAAGAAAACGCUAAACGCGUACUUGAUACUGAAAUAAGACGAUUUGAUGAACUUCAAACAAACUAUGAUCGAUUACAAUCAAAUGGUGCCGAUCAUAAAGAUCGAUUGGAAAAGCAACGUCAAACUUAUGAACUUCAAAUAUCCGAACUUGAAAAAGCACAUGACAAUAAAUAUGAGCAAUUAAAACAAACAACUGAUGCUUUAAGAAAAGAAAUAGUUGAUUGUAGAGUUCGUGUUCAACAUUAUGAAGAUGAAAAUGAACGAUUUCGAACUGAAUAUCAAACAUCAGAUCAUAAUUAUCAACAUAUAAAACAUGAACGUGAUGUUGCUCUUAAUAAUCUGAAUGAAGUGAAGCGUAAAUGUGCUCAACUAGAACAUGAUUUGAUUGCUGCUGAAACGCGAUUAAAGGAAAAUGAAAGAAAAAGUCUAAUUUUAAAUGAUGAAAAUACUAAAUUUAAACACGAACUAGACGAACUUAAGAUUAAAAUCACAAUUCAAAUUCAAGAACAAUAUGAAAAUGAAUAUCAUAAUCGUUAUGAAGAAUUGACUGCUCGCAAAGACGCAGAAAUUUCAAAUGCCUUGGAAGAAGUAAAAACUGCUGAAUCUAAUUAUCAACGAUGUAAUAAUGAAAGAGUACAUUUUGAAAAGCAAUUUCAUGCAGUUGAAAAUGAAUUACAAAAAGCAAAUAGAACGCUAGAAAAUCAUGUUAAAGAUAUCAGUCGUCUUAAAGAAGAUCUUCAACGAUCAAAUGAACAAUCUGAUCAUGAUUAUCAUACAUUUAAUGAACAAUUAAAUAGUGCAAAUCACCAUAUACAACAAUUAGAACAAAGAAUUCAGGAAAAAAAUCAACGCAUUCUUGAACUUACUGGUAAUCCAAAAGAUGUAACUCCCUCACUAAAACCCAAUGAUCGAUUGUCGCUCUUGACAACUUAUGAACAAAAAAUUGCAGAAUUACGAAAAAAUGUUCAAGAACAGGAAGAAUUAAUUAAAUUACUUCAAACUGAACAUCCUGUUGGUAUUAAUGACUUAGACGAUAUUUAUUUAGAAAUUCGAAUUCGUAUUGAUCAAUUAGAACAAGAUCUUCAAGCACAAGAUAAUACAAUUGAUCCAAAACAUUCUGAUCGUAAUACUUUAAUUCAUGAUAAACCUUCGAGUUAUGAGAAACGAUCAAGUUGGAUAAUAGUAAAACACGAUUUUGAAAAAUGUAAACAAGAACUCGUUACUACGGCUGAUAAAUUAACGCGAGCUGAACAAAUAAUCAAUGACCAACAACAUGAAAUUGAACACUACAAACAAGAACAUCAUAAUUUAACUAUUAAACUUAAUAUUCUUCUUGACGAAAAAGACGUUCUCACUGAUAGAAUAAGAGCUUUAGAAAAGGAAUGGAAAUUGCGACCAAUUCCUGAGAAUCCAUCUGAAUCAGAUGAUCAAUAUGAAAAUGAAAUUCGAACUUUCCAAAAUACACUUCAACAACGUGAAGAUUCUAUACAGACUCUUCAAGAUUUAAUUCAUACUUUGAAACAAGAUUUAAAUAACGUUCAUCAAGCUAAAGACAAAAUUCAAGCGGAUUAUAAUCAAAUGACGAAACAAGUUACGUCAUUACAUGAAGAAUCAUCUAUUAAAGAUCGAGAAAUACGUAAAUUAGAUGACUUAAUUAAGAACAUACGAUCAACGGGUGACUCUUCAUCAACAAUUGUAUUAUUACAAGAUCAAAUACAACAGAGAGAUCAAGAAAUAAAUAAUCUUAUAGAAAGACUUGAAUCAAACAUUCCGAAUCAACCGAGUCCAACUCAUAGUACAACGGUUAUAUACGAGCAUGCCAGUCGACGUCGCCCAGAUAUUGAUCGUUUAACUCAUGAAGAACUAUUAUUUGAACUUGAUACAGCUUUAGAAAUCAAUAGAAAUUUACAUAAACAAUUGAACGAAAAAGCUCCUCCUCUUACGGAAAUUCACAAACAAUUAGUCGAAGUACGAAAAGAACUUGAACGUCAAAAAUAUGUUAAUCAAGUUUUAUGGCGUAAAUUAGAUGCAUUAAUUGAUAUUCAUGGUUCAAAUACAAGAGCUGAAUUAGCUAUUGAAUUAGCUAAUUAUCAAGAAGAAGUUGCUAAUUUAAAAGCACAACGAACACAACAAAAUCUUAGUACAUUAAAUCAAGAUGUAUCAUCAAUGGGUAUUGAAUUACCAUCGAAAAAUAUCAAAUCAACUAUAGCACUUUUGGAACGUUCCAGUAUUGAAUGGCAAACAAAAUUAGCACGUCUUACAGAACAACUUGGUCGAAGUGAAAGUCAAUCGAGAAAUUAUCAAAGAGAAUUAACAAAAUGCCAAAAACAAUUAUAUCAAGCUGGUUUAGCUGAAUCAUCGAUGCGUCAGCGUCGACAUAGUGCAGAUGAUUCAGUUAUACUGGGUUUAAAUGAAUCAAAUAAAAAAAAUGAUGAUCUUACAAAAAUCGAAAAUAUCGAUGAACUUAAAGAAAUAGUUCGUAAUCAACGUAAAUAUCUACAACAAUUACAAACACAUGUUCGUAUUAAUACACCAGAUCUACUUCAAUUACCAACAUUAGAAAAAUUUAAUGAACAAAUUCAAAAUUUAAAUCUUGUUAUUGAUACUUAUAAAAAUGAAUCGAAAUUACUUAAAAAUGAACUUCAAAAACUCUAUACAACUAUUGAACAUAACAAAAUUACGUCGCAACAAUAUGAAAAACGUUUUAAAGAUCAACAAAUUUCUUUUGAACAAUUAAAAAAUCUAUUACAAAAAUAUGAACAAAUAAUACAAAAACAUAAUCUUCAUAUACCAAUAUUUGAUGAAAGAAAAGAACAUUUAAUGAAUCCAACUGAUGAGUAUAUUAUCGACUUAGAUAUUGAUAUUAUACAAGGAAAUAAUAAAAAAAAAACGCCAUUGUACCCCAAAAGAAAUAGUCCAACAAAUAGUGUAAUAAUGCCAGAUGAUUACCAACAACAAAUAACCAAGAAAGAUCGUGAAAUUCAAAAAUUAAGUACUGAUUUCAGGGUUUUGGAGCAAUCAUAUGCAGAUCUUAAACAUCACUAUGAAACCGAAGGUGGACGUAAUAAUCAAAAUAUAGUUGAUGAUUUAAAGCACACGCAAGACGAAUUGAAUGAAAUACGUCGUCAAUAUAAGAUUCUACGAACUCAAAAUACUGAAUCUGUCCAAGACAACGACAAAUUACAAGAAGAGAUUCAACGUUUAUUAAAUGAAAUUAAACAUUAUAAAUCUUUAAUAGAACAUUAUAAAACUGAAGUGGAUAUAUGGGAAGGAAAAGUUCGUCAAGAUAGUACUGAUAGAAGUGAAAUGACAAUUCGAACAAGUGAAUUAUCUCAAUUAUUAGAAGAAAUGCGUCUUCUUCGUCGUGAUCUUGAACGAAGUAUAGAAAAACAAAAUGAAUUACAAAUGAAAUUAGAUGAAAAUAUUCGUCAAUCACGAUCACCACUUGAAUUUACAUUUUCCGGUCGUGGACUUUCUCAACCUGACCUUCGUAUCCUUGGUGCUUCUGGUCUUGUUAACUCUGAGAAUUUAACAUCAUCAACUGUAAUUGAUGAACAUCGUUCAAAACUUGUAGGUUCAUAUACAACUGAACUUGGUAAUAUGGAACAUUCUCACAAAUCAGCUCGAGAAGCUCAGCAAAUAGCUGAGAAAGCAUAUGUUGUUGGUGAAUUAAAAAUCCAUAACGAUCUUCGACAAUUAAUGAGCGAUGUUAAAUCUGGUUUCAAAGCACUCUUACCUGAACUACAUGACAAUCUUCAUCAAAAAACGGUACGUAGUUUGAUACAAAAAAAGACGUGAUCGAUAUUUUUAUAUUAAUACUCUCAUUAGAUAUAGA